CAGAAACACGUCAACUUCCGGUGCGGCUUCAGAGCAACGGAAGCAGCGCGAGUCGCGGAGCGGCGCGAGGGAGUAAGUAAGCCGGCAAGCGCGGGGCACGGAGUGGAGGACAGGACACGACACGACAGGACAGAAUCACGAGGGUGAAGAAAAUAUAUAAAAUGGCAGACAAGGAAAAAGUCCAUGAAUCACAGCAUCACCGUCCAAGAAUGCAGAAAGAGCAGCAGAAUGGUAAUUUCAUAGAUCUCUUGUCUUUGAAUGAGCGGAAAUUGAAGGAUCAAGAGGAGAGGGACGCACUAGUUUUAUGGAGACGGCCUAUUAUCACCAUGCAAUACUUCCUCCUGGAAACUAUCAUUGACUUUAAAGAAUGGACAAUAAAGUUGUGGCAACGACGGAGGAUUGUUCUGACUUUGCUAUUCUUGUUGGCUGUGACUACGGUGGCCUAUUAUGUUGAAGGCGAGCAUCAACAGUUUGUACAUUUGGUGGAAAAGAAGUGUUUAUGGUGUGCCUACUGGUUAGGCUUGGGUAUCCUGUCCUCCGUUGGUCUCGGGACAGGUUUGCACACUUUCCUGCUCUAUUUGGGACCACACAUUGCUUCAGUGACAUUGGCUGCAUAUGAAUGUAACUCUGUGAAUUUCCCGGAACCUCCCUAUCCAGAUAAAAUCAUCUGCCCUGAUGAGAAAUUGAAAGAGACUAUCUCUCUAUGGGCCAUUAUCUCCAAAGUCAGGCUGGAGGCUUGCAUGUGGGGAGCUGGCACGGCGAUAGGAGAGUUGCCUCCUUAUUUCAUGGCACGAGCAGCUCGUCUGUCAGGCACAGAAGCUGAUGAGGAAUUUGAAGAAAUACUGGAACAUGGUCAGAAUUCAGAGGGUCUUCCAACCAGAGCGAGGCUGGCUGUUCAGAACUUGGUACAAAGAGUUGGCUUCUUUGGCAUCUUGGCUUGUGCUUCAAUUCCUAAUCCCCUCUUUGACCUGGCUGGAAUAACAUGUGGACACUUCCUUGUUCCUUUCUGGACAUUUUUUGGUGCGACUCUUAUCGGAAAAGCUGUCAUAAAAAUGCACAUCCAGAAAUUAUUUGUUAUCAUCAUGUUCAGCAAGCACAUAGUGGAACAGAUGGUGUCCUUGAUAGGGGCAAUUCCAAGGUUAGGCCCAUCACUCCAAAAACCCUUCCAAGAAUACCUGGAGGCCCAGAAACACAAGCUGCACCACAAGUCUGGAGAGAAAAUGGAAGCGAGUGAAAAUUGGCUGUCGUGGCUGUUUGAGAAAAUAGUCAUUGUCAUGGUGUGCUACUUCAUUCUGUCCAUCGUUAAUUCCAUGGCCCAGAGUUACGCUAAACGGAUCCAGUCGCAGAAAUACACCGAGGAGAAAAUGAAAUGAAAAAUUAACUUUUUUUUUAGGAAUGGUCAACAGGAGGCCCAGAUUAGAUAGUGAUUCCUAACAGCCAUCUGCUGCUGCUUGAUUCCACUAACUGGAAUUAUUUUAGGGAGGCAGAGAGGGUACGUUAUAAAUGUAUACAGUUACAAGUUCUGAGAGAAUUAUUUCCUGCUUAUCAUAAGUAUUCCAGCCUGGAGUCUACUUUUGUGGAUUCUUGCCCAUCUAUUGUCUCCAUUAUUACAUUAUUUUUAAAGAAUCCUGGCUUCAGUAGAGGCCUUGUUAACAAUGAAUGGUGUUAAAUGGCAUAAAGGAAAUUGUAGGACAGAUGUAAAUAUUAGGCAUGGAAUCCAGAUGAAAGCAAUGAGUUGGAUCAUCUCCCAAUUACUUUGGGCACAUGAAUGAAUAAACAUGGUUUGCAAAAACCACAUCGGCUCAAACACCAAUAUUGCAUUGUCUUGAGGUGCAAGCAUAUUCCCAUAAUUCCUAUUUAACCAUCAAAGGUUGGCCAUAUUUGGCACAGUGGUUGGUAAUUUCAGCUCCAUAAAUAAAGAAUUGCGGCACUGUUUUUUAAUACUUGCCACUUGUGGCACUGGUUGAAAAUAAUGCUCAAGCUCUAACAGAGAUUACUGCACUGAAAUAGUUAAAUGGGAACUUCUUAUCAUUUUUAUUGCAUCACUUUCCUACAUUAGCGCCUUCCUCCGCAUAAUCUGUACAUUCACCUUGGUGCUGAGAUUUCACGCUGCCUACUCACCAACAACUGUUUGAGCUGUGGUUUGAUGCUGCAGGUUUUAGUGAAUGGAAGGCCCCAUCAAUGUUCAAUGCUCAGAUGAGGCCCUAGUCAUACCAUCAUCUGUAGUGUACUCUCCAUUUUAGCAGAGAAAAAAGGCAUUAAUUUUUUAUCACGUAAUUUCUCCUCUUUUGCUGACAGAGGGUAGAUAUGGUGAAUGUGAGCAAACAUAUGUGGAUUUGUGAAAGAGGUUUAUAGAUAUUAUCACAAUCCUUGUUUUUUUAUUUAUCUCCCUAUUAGGCAUUGUUGUUCUCUUGUGCCCAAUGCACCUAAUUUGAAAACUCUAUGCUCACCUCUACUUGCAUUUUCAACAGUGAUAAUGAAAGAAAAGCUGUAAAACCAGUCAAUCUACAAUUGUACAGAAAACAAUGUCAUGUGUAUUCUGUAAAUUUUAACACAAAGAUCUAACCUGGCUUUAUAAAACUGCAUUGUCAAUUCGCAGACUGAGCCUUCGUCCGACUCUGUCCGUUUGAUGGGGAAUGUCAUGAUCGUGUAAAAUAUUAAAAUCUUAAAGUACAUGUGCCAAUUAAGUAUAAACUCAAUGACUUCCCCUGAAUAUAGGACCAUUCAUAACGAGUGAAAUAACAAAACAGAGGUCUGAUUUUAGGUCACAGUAUACAUCUUAAAUUAUCCCUGUGCGAGACAUGUUGCAUAAAAGACAUCCUUCAGAAGCAUCUCUUUAGGAGCUGUUAACUGGAGAAACUGAUUCUGUUUUAAUUAUUGCAUUUUCUAACUGGAAUAAACUUGGAAUUAUGGUGAUCUCUAAGACUUUCAGUGGUUUGUGAAUUUAAAUUUAUAUGGUUCUGGUGUGCUGCAUGAUGUAUCAGGCAGAUUUCAGUUCAGUUUCCUUUCAACACAUUAGCAUUGCCAUCGGGCACAAAAAUGGAUUGAAAACAAGUCAGGAAAAAUAGCAGUAAGUCCAAAGUUAGUUCCAUCUCUGACAGCACCAGCGUUCCACAAUUGGCUAGCCCACAGUUUGAGCUCGCAGGUUCUGGAUCUUGGUGUCGCUCAAAAUUGAUUUUGGAGUUUGUGGGAAAUGACUAAAAAGCGAAGUUGGUGCAAAAUCGAACUUGAUUAAAAUUUAAUUGUCCUGUUUAGUUAACAGGCCAUUAUCCCAAUCCAUAAAAGUAGACUUUAGCACAAUUUCUUAUUUUCAUCUGCCUGAUGGUAAGUAAUUUGAAUUCCUCAAAGUGAACAAUGUAUUGUAUGAAAAUAAAAGAUUGAAGAGGUGUAUCUUUUACUGCUGUUUCAUAAACUGGUCAUAUCUCCAGCAAUUUAAAUAGCUCCACGUUACUGAUCAUAUUAAUCUAGAAAGAUAAGGUUGGAUUUUAUAGUCUUUGUUCAUUGGAGUUUAACCGAUGAUCACUCCACACAGUGAAAACCCAAGACAGGUGCUGCUGCCUGACCACACACCCAGGAAACUUGUCCAAUUGUGUAAGUUUCAAUUUUGAAUCUCAAAAGUGUGGAGUUUGAAUUUGUUUCGUAGAUUACAAUCUGUUACAGUGGCACUACAUUUGUGCAACUAAAUGUAGCUGUGGUGAAAUAUUGUAAUCGGACCUUCUAAACCCAAUAUUCAUUACUUGAAAUGUAAUUGUUUUACUUAGAAACAAGUAAGAUUCUGUGUAUCUUCAUUGUUUACUUUCUCCUCUCAAAUGCCAGGUGUAGAUUUUCUUUCAUAUCCGGCUUCUGCAUCAUCUUGCCAUUCAGUGAGAUAGCUUAUCAGACUGGUGUUGGCUGUUUGCUGAGUUGGCGACAACAGUUGGUAGGCUAUCUGAUGAAAUGGUGUCUUCCAUCCGAUCAGCAUUUCAUUUUGUUAUGUUCUGCAUUCCCAUUUUCAUUUCAGUGCUCACUGUUUUUAUCUGAAAAAACAUUACGUUUGUCAAUCUCAUUCUCUCCCAGGUGUUUGAAUUCGAAUUGUAAUAUGAUCAACUGCCAUUCAUAGUAACCAUGGUCAUGUUCAAACUUCCACCUCUUUUUAUCCUUGCAUUCAAAGCUUACAAAUUAUUACUCUGCUUCUUGACCAUCUAGUAGUCCGCAGUUUCCAGGCAGAAAAGUCUUGUUCUCAAUUCAACUGCAGAUGGAUUCAAUAACUGUCAAAACCACACGUGUCAUUCUAAACUUAACCAUGCCAUAGUGUACAGAAUAUUUAAUAAAACCUGUAUCAAAACUGA